UGUAGACUAGUCUUCCCUUCUGAUUUUAUGUAAAAGAGAAUCAAUCGAUCAUUUGCAAACCAGAAAAGCGAUCAUUUCUCUCUCUGACUUCAAAAAUGGCUGUUGGUCAAGACGAUGUAGAGAUAAGGAAACCGCGUACGGACAAGAGAGAUUACCGGAGGAUUGUUCUUAGAAACUCUCUUGAAGCUCUGUUGAUCAGCGAUCCUGAUACCGAUAAGUGUGCUGCUUCAAUGAAUGUGAGUGUUGGCUCCUUCAGUGACCCUGCUGGCCUCGAAGGCCUUGCCCAUUUUCUUGAGCAUAUGCUGUUCUAUGCUAGCGAGAAAUAUCCAUUAGAGGAUAGCUAUUCAAAGUACAUUGCAGAGCAUGGAGGGAGCACAAAUGCUUUUACAGCUUCUGAGCAUACCAACUACUAUUUUGAUAUUACCACUGAUUCUUUUGAAGAGGCUCUGGACAGAUUUGCGCAGUUCUUUAUCAAACCAUUGAUGUCAGCUGAUGCUACAAUUAGGGAGAUUAAAGCGGUUGAUUCUGAGAACCAAAAGAACUUACUCUCUGAUUCAUGGAGAAUGCAUCAGCUUCAGAAACAUGUAAGUUUGGAAGGCCAUCCGUAUCAUAAAUUCAGCACAGGGAACUGGGAUACCUUGGCAGUCCAACCAAAGGCUAAAGGACUGGAUACAAGAGACGAGCUUAUUAAGUUCUACGAUGCAAAUUACUCAGCAAACCUCAUGCAUCUGGUUGUGUAUUCAAAAGAAAGCUUGGAUAAAAUUCACCGCCUAGUGGAGGAUAAGUUCCAGGAAAUUCGGAACAUGGAUCGGAGCUGUUUUCACUUUCCUGGCCAGCCUUGUGGAUCAGCACAUUUACAGAUCCUUGUUAGAGCUGUUCCAAUCAAACAAGGUCACAAAUUGAGAAUUGUAUGGCCAAUAACUCCAAGCAUUCACCAUUACAAGGAAGCACCAUGCAGGUAUCUUAGUCAUCUUAUUGGUCAUGAAGGAGAAGGGUCACUUUUUUACGUCUUGAAGACAUUGGGAUGGGCUACAGGAUUAUUUGCAGGUGAAGGGGAUUGGACUUCAGAAUAUUCAUUCUUUGAUGUUGUAAUUGAACUAACUGAUGCUGGUCAUGAGCACAUGCAGAAUAUAGUGGGGUUGUUAUUUAGGUACAUUAACCUCUUACAAAAGUCUGGUGCUUGCAAAUGGAUAUUUGAUGAGCUUUCAGCUGUUUCCGAGACAACAUUUCAUUAUCAGGAUAAAAUCCCCCCAAGUGACUAUGUGGUUAAUAUUGCUUCUAAUAUGCAGAUAUAUCCCCCAAAAGAUUGGUUAGUGGGAUCAUCCUUGCCUUCACAUUUCUGUCCAGAGACCAUUGAAAAGAUAUUGAAUGAGCUUUCUCCAAAUAAAGUUCGAAUUUUUUGGGAGUCAAAGAAAUUUGAAGGACACACUGACAUGGUUGAGCCAUGGUAUGGCACAGCAUAUUCUGUUGAGAAAAUCAAUGACUCUGUGAUUCAGGAAUGGAUAUUGUCUGCUCCUAAUGAAGAUCUUGAUCUGCCAGCACCUAAUAUCUUCAUCCCCACUGACUUGUCGCUUAAGGAAUCACAAGAUAAGGCCAAAUUUCCAGUUUUGUUAAGAACGUCAUCAUUUUCAAGAUUAUGGUACAAGCCUGACACAAUGUUCUCCUCUCCCAAGGCAUUUGUUAGGAUAUACUUCAACUGCCCCUACUCUAGCAGUUCUCCUGAAGCCGAAGUUCUGACUGAUAUUUUUACUCGGUUGCUAAUGGACUAUUUGAAUGAAUAUGCUUACUACGCUCAGGUUGCUGGUCUUUAUUACAGCAUACACCACACAGAUCAUGGUUUUCAGGUGACUCUGGUCGGGUAUAACCACAAAUUGAGGAUCUUACUGGAAACUGUUAUUCAAAAAAUUGCAGAAUUUAAGGUGAAACCUGACAGAUUCUCUGUUGUUAAGGAAUUGGUGACAAAGGAAUAUCAAAAUUUCAAGUUUCAACAACCAUAUCAGCAGGCUAUGUACUACUGCUCGCUAAUCCUACAGGAUCAGACGUGGCCUUGGAUGGAAGAACUUGAAGUUCUUCCUCAUCUUGAAGCUGAAGAUCUUGCUAAAUUUGCUCCCAUGAUGCUCUCCAGGGCCCUCUUAGAGUGUUACAUAGCAGGAAACAUUGAAUCAAAUGAAGCAGGAUCAAUGAUCAAGCACAUUGAAGAUGUUUUCUUUAAUGGUUCAAACCCAAUAUGCCAACCUUUGUUCCCAUCCCAACAUUUGACAAAUCGAAUUGUUAAGCUUGAUAGGGGGAACAGUUAUGUGUACUCCAAGCAUGGCUUGAACUCAAAUGAUGAGAAUUCUUGCCUAGUCCACUAUAUUCAGGUCCAUCAAGAUAAUUUCCAAAUGAAUGUAAAACUUCAACUUUUUGCUCUCAUUGCAAAACAAGCAGCAUUCCACCAGCUUAGAUCAGUGGAGCAACUUGGGUACAUUACUGUGCUUAUGCAGAGGAAUGAUUCUGGUAUCCGUGGGCUGCAGUUCAUCAUCCAAUCUUCAGUGAAGGGUCCAAAAUGUAUUGAUACAAGAGUUGAAUCAUUCCUCAAGAUGUUUGAAAGUAAACUUUAUGAGAUAACUAGUGAACAAUUCAAGAGUAACGUGAAUGCAUUGAUUGAUAUGAAACUUGAGAAGCACAAGAAUCUAAGGGAAGAAUCUGGAUUCUACUGGCGAGAGAUUUCUGAUGGGACAUUCAAAUUUGAUAGGAGGGAAGCUGAGGCUGCAGCUUUAAGGCAGCUUACACAAGAAGAAUUGAUAGAUUUUUUCAAUGAAUAUGUUAAAAUUGGUGCACCUCAGAAGAAGACACUAAGUGUUAGAGUUUAUGGGAGCUUACAUGCAUCUGAGUACACAUCAGAAAACUGUGAAUCAGCUGAACCUACCAUCAUUCAUAUUGAUGAUAUUUUCUGUUUCAGAAGAUCACAACCUCUUUAUGGUUCGUUCAAGGGAGGUUUUGGUCAAAUGAAGUUGUAGGAAGUUGGGAUAUCCCAGCUGUUCGUAAAGAAAACUUAAGGGUAUCAGGUGGGGAGAUGGCUGCUCCUAACUAACGAUAGGUGAAGAGAAUUGGAGACAGGUAUGAAAGCUACACAAAAUGGUGGCUGCAAGUCCUUUUCUUGGUUGAAUUGAGGUACCUCUGUUGACACCAAUAUGGUGGAGCUUUUUGUCCCUUAUCUGGUUUUCAAUCAACAUUUAUCUCACCGUGAUAUUGAUAUUUGUUAUGGUUUAGACAAUUUCAAUUUUUUUUGCCUAUUUCCAUCACCCAAAAGUAUUGUGCCUGAAUGAGUUUUGAAUUGGACGAAUGAAUAUCCAGUUGUAAAAGACGAAAGCAGGGUUCUCCAACUUGUAAAAGACGAAAGCAAAAUGUCAAAACAUAUCGUGCAGUUUGAUCUUUAAAGACA